CUUGGACGACGGCCAGGCCGUUGGGGCACGACCCUCCUCCGGGAUUCUCUGGCCCAUCGCAGACGCCGAUCACUCCGAAGCCUAUCCUUCAAGGUGUGGGAGUGACGACGGCGAUCCCCGGAGUAGAUGCUGGCUCCAGCCGGACCCAGGAGGCUCGCGCAGCAGCUGCGGCGGCGAUGCCACCGCCACAACCACCAAAUCCAACGAUGGUACAAGGAGGAGCGAUGGCGCAGGGAGGAGCACCACCACCGGCCACGACACAAACUGUCGGUCAACAGAUGGUGGCGAUGACCAGGGAGGAGAUGCAGAAGAUAGCGGCGGCCGCGGUGGCGCAGGCGGUGCAACAAGUUGCGAGCCACACAUCUCAUGUCACCACUGCGCCGACCACGGUGGUAGGAAGCCAAGACGAGGAUGUGUCCAGUUAUGGAGAAGGAGGAGUUGGAAGAGAUCGGGCGAUGGAGAGGAUGGCGGAGCAGUUGCGUCUAUUGCAGGACAAGGUGGAAGGGAGACCGGAAAGGAGAGCUCGAGGACACCCCUUUUCAAGGGAGAUUCUCGCUGCUCCUCUGCCGAAUAAUUUCAAGGAGACCAACUUGGUGUAUGAUGGGUCAUCUUACCCGUCGAGGCAUGUGAGGACCUUUGAAAAUAUGGCUGUAUUGCAUGGAUACUCUGAUUCUGUUUGUUGCAAGGCAUUUUUGUCGACCUUGCGCGGAGGAGCACUCGAUUGGUUUCACCAACUUCCCCCCGGGUCGAUUGCGGAUUUUGAGGAUUUUGCUGGAAAACUUACCAAUCAAUAUUCGAGCGCGGUGGCGCAGGAGAAGACGUAUUUGACCCUGAUGGCGAUGAGGCAGGGGGAGAAGGAUUCGUUGAGAAAGUACGUGGCUCGGUAUAAUCAGACGUGUUUAGAGGUGCACUCGGCUUCAGAUGAGAUGAAGGCAGGAGGAUUGAUAAGGAGUCUUCGAGCGGGGCCUUGUCGAACUUCUUUGGCAAAUACCCCUGCUCGAUCAUAUGAGGAUGUUCUGAAGCGGUGCAGGAAGUGUAGGGAAGAUUCGGAAGAAAGGAGUGAUAGAGAUGAGGAGGGAGAUGGCAGAGAUGGUCGAGACGGUCGGGGAAAGAAGCCAAGAAGAGAUGGCGAUAAAGAGAGGCAUGGAGGAGAAGCCUCGGUGAAGAGAGGAAUGAUUUACAUAAUUUUCGGUCGGGCAACGGAUGGAGACUCGAAUAGGGCCAGGAAGGAGCAUGCUCGAGCUGUGAAGAGGAAGAGAGAGGAGGUAGGGAUUACGGCUCGCAUGCCGGUCAUAAAGUUUAAAGUAGAGGAUGCCGAGGGAGUGGUCCUACCACACAACGACGCUUUGGUGAUAACCGCGGAGAUUGCAGGCUUCGACGUGAAAAGGGUGUUUAUUGAUACUGAGAGCUCGGUAGAUGUUAUGUUAUAUGAUUGUUUUGUGCAAAUUAAUAAGGAGCUGAAUAUGGAGCUGAAACCGGUGACCAAGGCACUUUACGGCUUUAAUGGGGGAGAAGUUAUGCCGAUGGGAGAGGUCAGUUUGCCCGUGGCAAUGGGAUCGGGAGAGUUGAGGAAGGUGCGCAUGGUGAGAUUUGUGGUUGAGAAUCAAAUGAUCGAGGGGUGUGAAGGGAGAAAGUUCAGGAUCGGAAAGGAUCUGGAAGAGCCUAUUCGGUUGAGGCUGAUCCAGUUGGUUAGGGAGUUCGCUGAUAUUUUUGCCUAUACAGCAGAGGAGUUAACGGGAAUAAGUGCGGAGGUGAUCGAGCAUCGGCUAAACAUUGACCUCAGCAUGAGGCCGGUGAAGCAGAAAAGAAGGCACCAUGGGGCGGAGAUGGACAAGAUCAUCGAGCAGGAGGUCGAGAAACUGUUGGGAGCACGACAUAUUAAAGAGAUUCAGUUCCCCGAAUGGUUGUCAAACACGGUGAUGGUGUCGAAGGCGGAAGGGAAGUGGAGGAUGUGCAUUGAUUUCCGCGAUCUGAACAAAGCAUGCCCGAAGGACUUAUAUCCGCUGCCCAGAAUUGACCAGCUGGUCGACUCAACGGCAGGGUGCGAGCUGUUGAGCCUGAUGGAUGCCUCCCAGGGAUACCAUCAAAUUUCCUUGGCGAGAGAGGACAGGAAGCGGGUGAGUUUCGUAACGAGUCGAGGGACCUAUUGUUACGUGGUCAUGCCGUUCGGCUUAAAUAACGCGGGCGCCACGUAUCAAAGGUUGGUCGAUAAAAUAUUUAAGGAACAACUGGGGAGGAACAUGGAGGUGUAUGUGGAUGAUAUGUUAGUGAAAAGUAAGGAGGAGUCGGAUUACGUACGAGAUUUGAAAGAAACGUUCCUAACAUUACGGAGGUAUGGGAUGAAGCUAUAUCCUGCUAAAUGCUCUUUUGGGGUGAGGUCCGGAAAAUUCUUGGGUUACUUGGUGACCAAGAGAG